AUGAAGAAUGGCUUCACUACGCGAUGCGAAUCAUCUCAAAGACAAGAUUGGCAACCAUCCCUCAACGAUUAUCUAUCUAUCUAUCUAUCUAUCUAUCUAUCUAUCUAUCUAUCUAUCUAUCUAUAUAGACACACACUCGCACAUAUUCUUUUCUUUCUAUUUUUCUUUCUUUGUCUUAUGCUUCAUUCAUACGUUCUUUCUCUUUUGCGUUUUUUCCUUUCUUUUUUUUUUACUUUUUAUUUUAGUCUUUCGUUCACGCUUUCUUCCAUUUUUCUUUGUUUUUCAUUCUUUUAUUUUCAGAUAAUUUACACUAUAUUUUCAACAAUUUCUUUCCCUUUUGCUUUUUCUUUUUCUUUCCUUCCUUCCUUACAUACUUCCUUCAUUCCUUCCUUCAUUCAUUUUUUUCUUUAUUAUUCGUCUAUGUUUUCUUUUAUUUGUGCUUUCUUUCUUUCUUUCUUUCGUUCAGUUGUUUUUAUCUUUUUAUUAGUUUGUUUCGUUCAUGUUUCCAACUCUUUCGUUCAUUAUGUUUCAAUCGUUGAUUCGUUCUUUCUUUCAUUUCCUCUGUUUUUCUUUGUUUCUUUAUUUUUAAUGUUUGUUUUUUAUUCAAUCCUUUUUCUUAUCUCUCACUCAUUCAUUCAUUCAUUCUUGUGUCUUAUACAAUCUUUCUUUCUUUCUUUCUACUUUCAAUCUCUUAUUCUUUCUUCCUUUGAUUUACUUUUCUUUAUUUCAUUCAAUUAUUUAUUCUUUCUUUCUUUUAUUCUUCCAGUCCGUCUCCUCUGCUCCCUUGCAGAUAUCCUCCCCUCCUUUAUCUAUGUUCGCCUUUUAUCUUUUCUCCCUAUUAACCUUGCUCUGUCCACACUCCUCCUCCUCUUUCUCCUCCUCCUUCUCAUUCUUCUUCUUCUUCUUCUUCUUCUUCUUCUUCUUUAUAAAUCAUCGUUUUCUUUUACAUGUUCUUUAAAUUAUCAUAUUUCUUUCUUUCUUUCUUUCUUUCUUUCUUUUCAAUUAUCAUCGUUCUUCUCUUUCUUAUUUUUUCUUCUAUUUGUAUUCUUGAAUUCACCGUCUUUCAUUUAUAAUUUCUAUCUUCUUCUUCUUCUUCUUCUUCUUCUUCUUCUUCUUCCUCGUCGUCGUCUUCUUUCUAUUCUUGCUAUCAUAUUUCACUAUUUCUUUUCUUUUUUUUUAUCAAAUAUUUUCUCUUUUCUUUUCCUUCUAUCUCACCACAUCUUUCUUUUUUCCUUUCUUUUCCUACGUUCUUUCUUUCCUUCUCUAUCGAAACUUCUCUUUCAAACCUUAUCUCUUUUUUUUUUAUUCGUCCACAUUUUCAUACUUCCCCCUUUUCUUUUAUUUACCAUCUUUUUUUCUGUCACUUCCAAACCUAUCUCACCCCCGUCUCUCUCUCUCUCUCCCUCUCUUUCAAAAACGAAGACCUCUUUAUAUCUCUCUCAUCAACAUCCUAUUCAUUUAUCUCACCAGAUUAUCUCUCUCUGUCUCUCUCUCCCAAUAACACUAUCUUCCUUAUCUUUCUUUCAUCAACAACUCUUUCUCUUCCUAGCAUCUUUCUCUUUCAUACUUAAUUAUUUUUACCCUCUCCUUUUUAACACUGCCUCUUCCCAAUCCUCUCUCCCUCUCUCUUAUCAAAAUCCUUCUCUUCCUCUAUCUCUUUCUAAAAUCCUUUUUUCCUUCCCCUCACUCUUAUCAUCCUCUUUUUUCCUACUCUUUCUUUCACUCUCAUCAUCUUGUUCUUCUCUUUCUCAUUAA